GUUUACUGCCUGCCUCCCUGAUCUAUCUCUCUCUCUUAUACACACACACAUUUAUGCUAUACACACAAACAUACACUAGAAGUCAGCCAGCUGCCUCUGAGCCUCACUACCAGCCUCACAGAGGAGAGAUCCCGGUGACAUUAUCCAUCACUUCUGGAUGUUCGCCUGCCUGCACUCUUCCUGCUGGCAGCGCUCUGAGUGUGUGUUCGUUCCCUGAGGUCCACAGAAAAGGCUGCCACUUCCAGGUCUGACACUGCUUCUUUGGACUCUCUUGCUUUUGUUUGCUGAGACAGUCGUCACUGUCAACGUGAAGGAGUUACAACAUCACAGCUGCCUGGAAUAUCGGCAUUAUUUUUCCCUCCCUUUUUCCUUUGCAAGAGAGGAAGUGGAUCCCUGUAUUUUUCCGGAGGCAGUGUGCCAAUGCAGAAUGCUUACCUCAGGAUUUGCAAUCUAGGGGUGGUGGGAUGGGGGGGGGCGCUAUGAUAAACAGCUGCGAGGCGAGGAUGGUUAGCACUGCAGCAUCAGACUAUUGUUCUACGUUGGGGUUUUUGUUUGCUUCUCGAGGUUACACACAUAUAUCACAACCUAAAGCAGAAGCAGUGGAGCCUGUUUGCAUUUUUCAUACACAAUGGAUUACUGUUACUUUAAGGACGGGCUCCCUGCCCACUAAGGGAAGAAAGAUGCUGAUUUAGGGAUAACAAGAGCACCGGAUGAACAACUUCAGGAUUGGAAAAGAGACUUUAUGGACAGGUCAAUGGCUACGUUGAGCUGAAACCGCCCCCCUUCUACUCCCUGCCCGCUCCAGUCCAAACAUGAACUCUUCUUCUGAUGCGAACCAAAGUGGUUCUCCCCCGUUCUGCCUGCUGGGCUCCGUGGGUUACUCCCGCAGCCUGGAUACCUGCGUGCUGGAGGUGGUCAUCAUCCUUUUCCUCACUGUGCUCAUCAUUGCUGGCAACAUGGUGGUGAUCUUCGUCUUCCACUGCGCCCCAUUGCUGCACCACCACACCACCAGCCACUUCAUCCAGACCAUGGCGUACGCCGACCUGCUGGUGGGGGUCAGCUGCCUGGUGCCCUCGCUGUCCCUCCUCCACUACCUCCGAGGCCUGAAUGAGGAGCUCACCUGCAAGGCCUUUGGCUACAUGGUUUCUGUGCUGAAGAGCGUCUCCAUGGCCUCGCUUGCAUGCAUCAGCGUGGACCGCUACAUCGCCAUCACCCGUCCACUGUCCUACGCAACGCUGGUGACGCCAUGCCGACUGAGAGUGUGCAUCGUCCUGAUCUGGGUUUACUCUGCUCUGAUCUUCUUGCCAUCCUUCUUUGGCUGGGGGAAGCCAGGAUACCAUGGGGACAUAUUUCAGUGGUGCGCAGACUCUUGGAAGACCAACCCAGGGUUCAGCACCUUCAUCGCGGCGCUGCUCUACGCACCAGCAGCGCUCACCGUGUGCUUCACCUACGGGAGUAUAUUCCGGAUCUGCAGGCAGCACACAAGAGAGAUCACCCAACGGCAUGCCCGCUUCAGCUCGCAGGCGGAGGGCGAUAAAGGCGAGCGGGGGGAGCGGUGUGAAGGGUGCCCGGACAAACGCUACGCCAUGGUGCUGUUCCGCAUCACCAGCGUCUUCUACGUGCUGUGGAUGCCGUACAUCCUUUACUUCCUCUUGGAGAGUGCUGGGCUGUAUCACCAUAAGGUGGCAUCCUUCCUUACAACAUGGUUGGCAAUAAGCAACAGCUUCUGUAACUGUCUCAUCUACAGCCUCUCAAACAGCGUCUUCCGCAAAGGUCUGGGCCGCCUCUUUAGCCCGUUGUUCCCCUCCUGUCUCGGCUGCAUGGAGGCCAAAAAAGCGCCAGUUCCUAUUGGUCCCCGGGCAAACACCCAAUGCCAAGUGUGAGCCCUGACACCUCUGGUUUUGGAUUGUUCACUUUGGGGGCAUCAACCUCUGUGUGUGCUUUGUUCAGCUGCGUAGCAUGACACAGGUGGACCCGCAGUGAAAUGUGCUGGGGACCCCCUGCAUGGAGCACGGAGAGGUGCCUGUGCAGAUGCCUGUUGGUUGUCUCCAUGGCUGAUUUUGUGGAGGCUGGGAAGCUUUCACGAAUGCUCUUCACUGUGAUGCUGCUCUUUCACGGCUGCAAAGAUCACAACCUGACAACAGGGAGUAAAGAAGUUUGAUGUCGAUGGAGGAAGGGGACAGUAGGAAUAAGAUUCAUGUGUUUCACUUCAGAUGAUUUAAUAAGCACUCCUGCCUGCACUAACAACUCUCAGAUGCAAAAAAAGGAAAGCACAGCCUGACUUGUGUUGUGUGAUCCGCUGAAAUGCAAAAAAAUCUCUCCGAACCUGACUAGAAAAUACAAUUGUCUUGGUUCGUUCAGGGUAGAUUAGGCAAUGCAAACACAUUUUAGGACACUGAUCUGUUUUCCUUAGGGAACACCAGAUGCUAAUGAGUUAAUGAGUGUAUGAAACAUCUUUCAUCUGAUAAUCAGCGUGUGUGUGAAUCGGAUGGACUUCAAGAGUAUUUCUCAAUGAGAAGACAAAAGAUUUAUUUCAAAUGUUAAUCAAAAGGUUUUCUCUCUUUGAACCUGGUUGUUUGUGAGAAGCUUCAAGUAUGUUUACACAGUCUCGGGUUUCACAUGAAAUUGUUGAUUCAAGAAUUAGCUUUGCUUUCUUAUGGUGGCUGCUGGUUUCCCUGCUGGCAGACAGUGGCGUGUCUUCUUCAACAUGACAAUACAUUAAUUUAUUAGGAGAGUUUUAUUCUCUGUUUGCGUUUCCUCUUCAGGUUUAUCGGCCCUACUUUGUUAAGCCUCCGGGAUGUUUGCCUUGGACCUCCGCUGAAACAGAACAUGACUCUUAAAUCACAAGCCACGUAGAGUCUUAAGAUAAUCUCCUCCUGCCUCGUCGACUGUUGAUGAUCAAUCAGCUAUCUGCGGGGAUCCACAUGGCCUCCAUGCAAAGACUGACUUCAUUGUUAUCUGUAAACUUUAUUAUCUGCCCUCCAGCAGUGGAUGGCUGUUCAGAUGAAUGUAAAGUGAAACACAAGUUUAAUCACAAGCUCAACCACGGAGGGCAAGAGGGUCAGAGCACUUUUUCUAAGAGCCAGUGACCGCUUGUGGCUUGGUGUAAAUAUACUUCGUAGUUUCAAUAUUUAAACAGUGGUUAAUUGUAAAGAGGACCUCCGGGGUUAUAAAUGUGGAUGUUUUUUAAGAUAAUUUAUUUCUCGCAGCCAAGAUGUCCCCAGAGACUGAACCUGUUUUUUACAUACUGCAGGAAAAUGUUUUAUAAAUUUAAAGUCACAAAUGUUUUUCUGAUAGCGUCUUGCUCUUGAUUAAAACAUAGUUGUGGAAAAAGAAGAGUAAAGAGAAUCUUUUGGAAAAUUGUUCAGGAAAACACUAUAUGGCUAAAUGCACGGCCCGAACCAAAUAGUGUAUUUAUCUGUGGCUGUUUUUAAGGUAUGGGCUCCUAAUAUCCAUUAGAAAAACACUUUUUCUAAAGGCAUCUUACAACAGUUAAUCAGAAUCUAUCAUUACAAAUAAUAUGCCAUAGAAAUGUACAUUUCCCCUUAAAACAGCUUGAAAAAUGAUUGGUAAAUUGUAAAACUGAACCGAAAACCAAACCACAGUUUACAACACUGUUGUUGUAAUGUACUGUGUACUUUAUUUAUUAGUGUAUUUAACAGGGAAGGUUCACAUUGCUUAACCAGACAUUUCCGAGAGACUGAUAACAGUUUGUAUGUUUAAGUCUGUCACAGUUUCCCAGUCAGCUUGAUCCUGUUAAAUCGAGUUGCAACUAACCAUUAUUUUCCUUAUGGAUUCAUCUGCUGAUUAUUUUCUUUAAUAAUAAAUGUAUCAAAUGUUGGAAAAAGUGAAAAAUGUCAAUCACGGGUUGUCAAAGUUCAAGAUGAUUUUUGUUUAUGUAUUUUCUUGCUGGUCUGAAACACAAAGUAUUCCCUUUAAAUUGAAAACAGCAUUUUCUGCCUUAGGGGCAUCCAAACAAAAAAAGAUUCAAGAUUCAAGAUACAAAGUUUAACUUAAUGUGUAUUCAGUUUAACAGAGUAUUUUGAUCUAGACAUUUGGGAUCAUUUAUGUGGUGUUAUAAAUGUGUAUUAUAACAAGGGUCAUCACUUUGAAAAAAUUGAACGUACAUUUUUGACCUCAGAAGCAAGUUCCUGUUAGAAGUUGAUGUGAAUCACCUGAUCCUCAGCAGGUGAAGGUUGUCCAGUUCUAAUUGACUUGUUGUAUAUCAUUGAGACCUUACAAGCAGCUUCUGUAGUGAGGAUUUAUAAAUAAAGCAUGGCUUUAGGGCAGGGGUCAGAGUAGGGUCACGGUUCAGAGUUUAACAGUAGGACUUUUCCGGUGCAACGGUCACACCAGCUGCUGCCAGGGGGAUCAAACCUCCCAAUGACCCCACUGUGCUGAUGUUCUAUUUAUAAAGCAUUUUUCUAUGUAAUGGUAUGUAUUCAGCAUCUGCUAUGACAAUGUAAUUUCCUCUGACUUGUUUGAUCCCUGCUUGAUUGGUUGUGAAAAAUGCUCCACUGAUGGACCUUUCCUGCAUGAUUCUGGUUCUGAGAGUAACUUUACUCCAUGUCUUCGGUUUCUAACUACUGUUGUGUACCACAUAUGGCUUAUCAUGUUUUCUUAUGAGCGAAAAUCGUUCUUGUUCAUGUCAGAAAACCCUCUAGCCUUCCUGUGAUCUUCACCUGUCGCUGCCGUGAUAAAAUGACACAAAUAUGCAAACAGUGAAAACACAAAAACCAAGAGCCUAACCUUAAAAGGUCUCAUUUAACCUAACAUUGUCAAAGUAAACACCUGAAAUCUUUGCAUUAUCUUUAUGACAGCAGUGGGAGUCAAUGCAAUACAGCUUACUGGUGUUAACACAAACCACAAUAAAUUAAUGAAAGGGCUUUUAUUAUCUCAACACUGGUUAGGCUGUUUGCUACUCAGCGUGUGAUCUGAGCAACUGCUGUAAAUUAUUGUAUGAAGGUGUAAAUGUAAGAUUAAAAUGAUAUGUUCUGA